CUUCAUUUUUAAGAUUUAAAAGUUAGCGAAGUAGCUCUCAAAAUUUUGAAAUAUAGGAGGGGAAGUGACGUCGUUUCAAGAACAAUUGAGGAUAAAUUUUGGUUAGAAGUGAAGGGGGACGGAGCAAAAUUGAAAUGCAAGCCCUAGGAGGAGGAUAUCGAUUUGCAGAGCUGCUGCCACGGUCAUGGCGAAGAUCCACUGCCCUCCGAUCAUUUUCUUCUUCAUCCUCAUUCUUCUCCGACCAGUCUCGUGGUGGUCUCCCUCGAUUCUUCUCCGAAGUUCUCCCUCCUUCCAAGGGUGGUAUUGUACGUGUACAGGGUGAUGAAUUCUGGCACAUGACUAAAGUUUUAAGAUUGAGUGUGAAUGAUAGGGUAGAGCUCUUCAAUGGGAAAGGAGGAUUGGUGGAAGGAAGCAUUAAUAGAAUUGAUCGCACUGGACUUGAUUUUAUCGCUUUGGAAGAUCCAAAAUUAGUGCUUCCACAAAGCUCACGGUGGCAUGUGUUUGCAGCUUUUGGGACUUUAAAGGGUGGUCGAGCUGACUGGCUGGUUGAAAAGUGCACAGAGUUGGGGACCAGUAGUGUAACCCCUUUGCUGACGGAACGUUCUCCUUCAAUUUCAGAAAAUCGGGUGGAUCGAUUGCAACGUGUCAUUCUAGCUGCUGCUAAGCAAUGUCAACGUCUGCAUGAAAUGACUCUGAAUCCUCCUACAACAAUCGAUAGCCUCUUACCUAUUGUCACCCAAUCAAAGCUAUCCUUGGUGGCUGUUGCAGAAGCUACUCCUGUUUUUAGUGUGUUGACUUCAUCAAGAAGAGAAUCUACUGGGCUAAUGAUAAUUGGUCCGGAAGGGGACUUCACUGAGAAAGAGCUGAAUAUGAUGAGGGAAGCAGGUGCUACAGCUGUUGGUCUUGGGCCUCACCGACUACGGGUUGAAACUGCAACAAUAGCACUUUUAGCAACUUUAAUGCUAUGGUCCGACUCUGAGAGGCCAUCUGAACCCUAGUCACAUUUACAGUGACAAGUAGGGAAACUCCACAAAUUUCAAAGAAGUCUCGAGGUACUUUCUUUUUUACUAAAUUCAGAUGAAUCCAGACUAGGGGAAAUGGGUCACUGAAAAUUUAUGAAAUUGAUACUUUAGAUUUGAUAUGCUGUUUCUCAUGUUCUACUAAGGAUAUAAAGUAAUGAUGCAGACUUUCGAUUCUGUAGUAUGAAAAAUUGUAGUGAUCUUCAUCCUUAUUGAUCUAAUUUUUUGGCUGGUGUCAGAUUUUGUAAUAUGAGUCAGGUCUUGAGUCAAAAGUAAAUCUUCAAAAGUGUUCACUAUUCUCAACUGUCUGAAAUAAAGUAGCUUUGAUUGGUCUAGUGGCUAUUAAUUAAUUAAUUAAUUAACUAGGGCAUGCCUUGUAAGCCUCUCUAUUGAUAGACUUCAUUUAUUUCUGGUUGUGAUGCUGGUGGGUUCUCCUGGCUGGCUGUAUCUAGGGAAGGUUUUGGCUUCCUCUCUUAUAGAAAUUUCUCAUCUUCUUUUUCAUGGAUGGACCUAUUACUUUCCACAUUUAUAAUUCUUUUUGUUGAUGACCAACUUAGGAGGACCAUUGAAGUCUUUGUUUCUUAUCUCAUUUGCAUGGACCAAUGACUUUUUAUCAUGCAUAUCCCCACACCCCACAUCCCAUUUUGUUACACAAGUACCACAGUUUAUUUAAUAUGCUUUCUCUUAUUCUAUGUAGACUCUGGCAUAUGCCAUGCUGUGUUUGACCAUAACAUUGUUGUUUUAAUGUGUAAAUCUCUUGCUUAA